AUGGGCCUUUCGAAUACUUUACAAGGCGAAGCAGCCAGUGGGCUCAUUUCGGCAAAGCCCACCGAAAAGAACUGGGAGGCGUUGAAAGCGGAAUUUCUCUCCAUUUUCUGCAAACCAGUCGAUCUGUUGCAACAAUUUUCGGAAGCUGUCACCGGACGACGUGACAUGAAACAAGACUCGCCGUUGAUCGAGGAAAUGCUGCACUCCAUGCGGGUUACAUUAAACCUUUUGCAAAACCGGGAGAGUGAUGAAGCGUUCGCAGUUCUCGUUGCAUGCUACUUUGGCUCCCGACGGGAUGAGUUUGUGGGGUAGAUGAGAUCAGCGCCAGAUGCUAUUUCCUUCCGGUCAACACACCGGUUCGAAGCACCGCGCCUCAUCUCCGCUUGCACCACAU